ACAAGCCCUACAGAAUUCAUCCUCCUAGACUUCAAUAUCAAAGAUCUACAGAUUCUACUUUUUAUACUGUUCCUUCCUAUCUACCUUGUGACCAUGGUGGGAAACAUCCUCCUUGUUGUGCUUGUGUUCAUUGAUCAGCACCUUCACACCCCCAUGUACUUCUUCCUGGGGAAUUUGUCCUUCUUGGAGACCUGCUACAGCUCAACCAUUAUGCCGAGAAUGCUGAUCAGAUUUCUAAGUGGGGAUAAAGGCAUUUCCAUAGGUGGCUGCAUUGCCCAAAUGUAUUUCUUCGGGUUUCUUGCAACCACUGAAUGUUAUUUUCUUGCAGUAAUGUCUUAUGACCGUUAUUUGGCAAUAUGCAGGCCGUUGCAUUAUGCAAUGCUCAUGAAUGGAAGAAUCUGCAUCCUCUUGAUUGCUGUUUCCUGGAUAUUUGGAGCACUGAAACUUGGUAUUGUAAUAUUUUUGGUGUCUCGGUUGACUUUCUGUGGACCCAACAAAAUUAAUCAUUUCUUCUGUGAUUUCACCCCAGUGAUAAGGCUCUCUUGUGAUGACACCUAUGUAGUUGAAAUGACCCUCCUGAUAUUCUCCUCCAUAGGCACUCUGUUCCCACUGGUCAUAAUUGUCAUAUCUUAUGUUAGCAUCAUUAAGAGUAUAUUGAGAAUCCCAUCCACUACUGGGAAACAAAAGGCCUUCUCCACUUGCUCUUCACACAUCAUUGUGGUGUCCUGUUUUUAUGGGUCUUUGAUGAUAGUCUAUGUCUUACCAAACACCAGCUCCCUGAGGGAGGUGAAGAAACUGUUCUCUCUGUUCUAUACACUUCUCACCCCACUGGUCAAUCCACUCAUAUAUAGCUUGAGGAACAAAGAAGUAAAGGAAGCAAUGCAGAAAAAUUUCAAGAUUCUUAGAUGCAGCAUAUGA